UUAGGUUAGGCUUGCGCGUUUCGUGGGUUGGCGUGUAGAUCACAAUAGCAUAGAACAAUGAUUGAAGUAUUGAACGAGUAGAGUAAUAAUACAAUAGAUUACAAUCGAUUACAACCGAUUAGAAUAAAUUAUCGAUUACGAUUAUAAUAUCGAUUACAAAACUUUAAUCUAUUUUGUCAUGUCUUUUAUGCACCGACGAGCACGCGCUGGCAUUUCUCUAGCCUCUAAAUGUUCAGUUAUCUGUCCCUAUGGCCGCACAGAAGUCGAAAACUACACGAAUUUGAGGCUACACUAUAUUGAGUAACCCACACCCGUCACACGGGACAAGCUUUUUGUUUCGUUGUCGUGAUUCGUGGUGGCGUGGUCACUGUUGUCACUUGUCGGUUAAUCGAUUCGCAGUUCAACAUUUGUCACUUGUCAGUUACUCAAUUCGCAGUUCAACAUUAGUCACUUAUCACUCACCGUGUACACGUGUAUCGCACUACCGUCCGCCAAAUCCGCCAUCGACGGCACGCUGAGAAUCGCUGCUCCUACGACCUACGCCAACACAUCUGCCGCGACAUACCACGUACCGACGGGGACGAGACUACAGGUGUUAGGCACGUCAGUUACAGAAAUGGAUACCAUUCAGGCUUCAUCUUGUGAAAAUAAUCUAAAGCAAGUUCUGAAAUCUAAUGGAUGUGAAUCAACUAAUUUUAGAAAUGACUCUCAUUCUGUAAGGAUAUUAGAAGAUUUACAGUCUCUACGCAGAAAUGAAGUUUUAUGUGAUGUUAGAUUUGAAACAGAUGAUGGAUGUACAACGUUUGGCCAUAAAAAUGUUUUAAUGGCAGCUAGUCCAUAUUUCCGUGCAAUGUUCAGUAAUUUUGAAGAGAGCAAUAAAGAUCUUGUUACUAUAAGAGAAUUAGAUUCCACCAUUUUACAGCUAUUAGUAGAUUACAUUUAUACUGGAGAAAUUAUGGUCACAAAAGAAAAUGUGCAGUUAAAUUAUGUAAAUGGUGUAUGUGCUGAAUUUUUACAAAAACAACUGAAUCAAUCAAAUUGUCUUGGUAUCAGAGCGUUUGCUGACUUACAUAACUGUACGGGAUUGUUGUCAAUAUCUGAAGCAUAUAUUAAACAAUAUUUUUUAGAAGUAGCUAAAGGCGAAGAAUUUCUAUCCUUAUCUUCUGAAGAUUUGGUGAAGCUUAUUUCCUCUAAUGACCUUGCUGUUCCAUUUGAAGAAAAAGUAUUUGAAUGUGUUAUCAAAUGGGUAAAACAUGAUUCAGAUCAUAGAAUAGAUAUUUUGCCAAAAUUAAUGGAACAUGUACGUUUGCCAUUAUUAGAUCCUGAUAUAUUAUUUAAUAUAUAUAAAGAACCUCUUCUAAACAUUAGUCCUAAAUGUAAAGAUUAUAUUAUCGAAGCAUUACAUUUUAAUCAUCAAAAAUCAGUUCAGCAUUUCAAGAUUCCAAAAAAAAUUAGGUUUAAACCUAGACAGUUUGAUGGUUUUAAAAAAGUUAUUCUAAUGUUCAAUCAACGGUCUGACACAUCGCCAAAGUGUUAUACAGAAUGGUAUGACCCAGCAACCAAACUACGCGAGAAAGCACCAGGGUUAAAUGAUGAUCGUCGGUUAGCUGGUUUUGGUUUAUUAAGAGAUCAAUUUGUGUUUGUUAUGGGAGGUGUAAAUGUAUCAAGUUCUAAAUCUGUUAGUAUGCUUGAUGUAUCUUUACAAUCACCAUCUUGGAUUCCAAUGGUUGACAUGUUAGUUAGUAGAAAAGAAUUAGGAGUUGGUGCAUUAGAUGAUUGUAUAUAUGCAGUUGGCGGAUAUGACGGCAACAGUGCUUUAAAAAGUGUUGAGGUUUUUGAUGUCAGUACCCAAAAAUGGAGAAUGGUGUCUAAUAUGACAAUUGAUAGACGUAAAUUGGGCGUUGGUGUACUCAAUAAUCGUCUAUACGCAGUUGGAGGUUAUCAUAGUAAAAAUUUGAAAUCUGUUGAAUAUUAUGAUCCCACACUUGACAUAUGGACUCCGGUUGCAGAAAUGUCUGAGUGUCGUCAAGGUGUUGGUGUAGGAGUCUUGGAUGGUCUUAUGUACGCUAUUGGUGGCUAUGAUGGAAAGUAUCUUAAAAGUGUUGAAGUUUAUAGACCGAGUGAUGGAGUUUGGUCUUCUGUAGCUGAAAUGAAAAUAUGCCGAUUUUUACCUGGAGUAGCCGUAUUAAAUGGUUUAUUGUAUGUUUUUGGCGGAGAAAAAGAAUCUAUUGUUGAUACUGUUGAAAUUUACAACCCCAAGACCAAUACUUGGACCUUGGAAAGAUUGUCAAGAAAUGGAGUACAAAUUUAUGGUGGAGUAGUUGUCGAUAGACCACAUCAUUAUCAUUAAUCAGCUUACAGAGGUAUUCAUUGUUAAGAGUAAUAUGACAUAUUUUUGUAUAAAUUAUGAAGACAUGUGUUUUAAAUAUUUUUGCUUUUUUGAAGACCUAUUUGUUAAGAAUGUUUUUUUUUAAUUUAUACUGACUAUUUUCAAAUAAACAAAAUAAGCUAUAAAGUUAAUUAUGUUGCAGUAUAUCAGUAAAAUUAUAUCUAUAAUCUACUAUUUAAAUUAUAUCUUUUAGUUUCAGUAUGGAAUGAUAAUUUUUUUGAU